UCUCAGCUUUCCGCACGGGUUGGGAGCACCGCCUCUUCCCCGCGGCACCACCCAGAGUCCGAGCGCUCAGGCCCCGCCCCUUACGGGAGCCGAGGCGGAGGCCCCGAAUCCGGAAGAAAACAAUCCGGCGAGCCCGAGCCGGCCGGACCUGCGGCCCAAGGAGCGCUGAUCGGCCCAGGACCCGCUGGGGCGAGCCGGCCGGGUCUCCGCGGGGGCGCGAUGGAGACUGUGAACCCACUGAAACCAACCGAACCGAGAGACAGGAAGCUCAGCAUACAUGUCGUGACAUGGAAUGUGGCCUCUGCAGCACCCCCUGUAGACCUUGAUAAUCUCCUUCAGCUGGACAACCAGGACCCGAAUCUGGACGUGUAUGUCAUUGGUUUGCAGGAAAUGAACUGUGGGAUCAUGAGCCUCCUUUCUGACACUGCCUUUGAAGACCCAUGGAGCAGUUUCUUCAUGGAUGUGCUUUCCCCUCUCAGCUUCGUCAAGGUCUCCUCUGUCCGCAUGCAGGGGCUCCUCUUACUGGUCUUUGCCAAGUGUCAGCAUUUGCCCUUUAUCCAGAUCCUCUGUGCUAAAUCCACACCCACUGGCCUCUUCGGGUACUGGGGGAACAAAGGGGCCGUCAGCAUCUGCCUGAAGCUUCAUGGCUAUUACAUCAGCAUCAUCAACUGCCACCUACCCCCCCACCUGGCCAACAACGACCAGCGGCUGGAGCACUUCGACUGGAUCCUGGAGAUGCAGAAUUUUGAGGGACCUGAUAUCCCCAACAUCCUGGACCAUGACCUCAUUGUCUGGUUUGGAGACAUGAACUUUCGGAUCGAGGACUUUGGGUUGCACUUUGUUCGGGAAGCCGUAAAAAGUCAGUGCUACAGUGACCUGUGGGAGAAGGAUCAGCUCAGCAUUGCCAAGAGAUGCGACACCCUGCUCCGGGAGUUCCAGGAGGGCCCCCUGCUCUUCCCGCCCACCUACAAGUUUGAUAAGAACUCCAACAACUAUGACACCAGUGAGAAAAAACGCAAGCCUGCAUGGACUGACCGUAUCCUGUGGAGGUUGAAGCGGCAGCCCCACACUGACUCCUGUACCCCAAGGCUGCCGGCCCCCCACUUCUCCCUGUCUCUGAGGAGCUACAUCAGCCACAUGAUGUACACCAUCAGUGACCAUAAACCUGUCACUGGCACCUUUGACUUGGAGCUGAAGCCAUUGGUAUCUGUCCCACUGAUCACCCUGAUGCCAGAGGGCCUGUGGACCAUGGAGAAUGCUAUGCUUAUCAACUACUCUUUGACCCCAGACUUCCCCAGCAGCCCCUGGGACUGGAUUGGACUGUACAAGGUGGGGCUUCGCCACAUUAAUGACUACGUGUCCUAUGUCUGGGUCAGGGACAACCAGGUCUCCUUCAACGACAGGUUGAACCAGGUUUAUAUCAACAUCAGCGAUAUCCCCGAGACUGAAGAUCAGUUUCUCCUCUGUUACUAUAGCAACAGUCUACGUUCUGUGGUGGGAAUAAGCAAUCCGUUCAAGAUCCAGCCUCAAGCCUUCUUGGAGGAGGACCCACUGGGUGAAGUCCAACCACGGAUCUGAGCCUAGAUGAGGGGAAUCCAGGGCGGAGGCCAGAGCUGGCGGCCAGCUCUGCUCACCACUUCCAGGAGUGCUGGGGGCCCAGCCAGCCCCCUGAGGAGGCAGCAAGUAUCCUUCGCCUCCCAGGGGAGUUCUAGCCACACUCCUGUGCUCUCUCCAGUCCAGAUCUCUGGAAUUGGCCACUCAAAUACAGGUGUCUUGCUGAGCUGAUUGAAACCAGCUAAUCUGUCAACAGGGAAGACCUGGGGGCAGUCCACUGGAUGUGGGAGGGACCCUCCAGCUUAUAUCUCAUUUCUUGCUUUGCCCCACACACACUUCCAGUCCUGCCCAAGCAGGCCUGCCAGGCACAUGCCCCAUCUGGCACAGGCCUGCAUUCUUGUCACACCAUCCUGGGCCUCAGGCUGCCUGCGGGGGAUGGGGGUGGGGGAGAUGCUCACAUUUGUACAGGCUCCAUAGACUGGUUGGUGCAAGCAGCACUGGGCUCCAGGAGUCUUGGCAUCUCAUUGCCUGUCUCCCUGAGGGAUGGAGGAAGGUCUGGGAGCCUUGCUUUGAACAGAAGCCGUAUGACUGAGUGGGCAGGAUGGAGGGGCCCCGUUACCCAGGCUCUUAUGUAGGGGGUGUGGACAGGUUGGGUGUCCUGCCUGUACCCAUGGAGUGUGACCCAGGACGUUCCAGGACCUGAGCAGAGAAUUGGACCCAGGUUCACUUCUGCUGGUGGAUCAUGCCCCCAACCUGCCAUCUUGUGAAGGGCUCCAAGUUUUUCCACGGGGGUCUUUGUCCAGUCCAGCUCAUCUGCCCCCACCUUUGCCUGAAGUCAUUAACCAGAAACCUGCCCUCUAGACACCUGGGACCUAGAGGUGGGGCGGGCAGAGAGGAAGGCUGGAAUCAAGACGUUUUGGAGAAUCUGGCCCUGGGGGUCUUCAGGGAGCAUUCUCCAGUGCUGUGUGGACAUGGCUGUUCCUACUCCUGCCACUUGCCUCCGGCCACUGGUGACUCAACGGCCCUCUCCCAGGAAAAGACACUCAGGGAGCCUGCUCUGUGACUGUCACAUAAGCCCUGCAACCUGAAACUGAGGAACACUCCAACUGCUCUGCAUUCCGUACUCCGCCCUGGGAGCCGUGUGAACCAUCGAGAACUGGCCCCCUGGCCCCUAGCGGGCCUUGGUUCUCUGUGUUGUCUGUUACAUCGGGGAUAAUUAGAAACAUGGCUUUUA